CAUAAAAUAGCUUCCGGUUAAAGUACAAAUUAUGCAGCGCCGCAGUUGUCAUUCACUUUAGCGUGCCUGAUCAGUGUAUAGAACCAUGUUGACCCCACCAAAGGAGGGGGUGCCCAGUAUGAUAGACAAGGCGCUGAGGAUGAGGAGAGAAGAGCAGGCUCGACAAGUCGUCCUCGCCUGGGCCGUUCUUAACAUGUCCCUAGCUGGCAUGAUUUACACUGAAAUGUCAGGGAAACUGCUGAGCCGAUAUUACAACAUCACCUACUGGCCUAUCUGGUACAUUGAACUGGUGCUAGCCUUUCUCUUUAGUCUCAAUGCUCUUUUUGACUUUUGGAAGUAUUUUAAAUACACAAUGGCUCCGUCCACCAUUGCCGUAACACCUGAACAGCAUCGUCUUCUGGGUUUGAGGAACACAAGUGUCCAGGCCUCUCCACCUCAAAAGCCAGAAAAGAAGGAAACUCCAGCACCAGCCCAAUCGUCUUCGCUGCAGGGCCAGAGUGUGCUGAGUUUUAGCCCCUCUCGGCCAGCCUCAAGCAGCCCCAAGUUCUCCCCAAGUUGUGUACCAGGGUACAGCCCUUCUCUUAGCAACCCAUCAACACCAAGCAGUGCAGGAGGUCCUUUUUCUCCCUCAGUGGCCUUUGGAAAGGUUCUUAACUACAGUCCUUCAUCAGGCUCUUCUCCCUAUCCGAAUGGAAUGGGGUCAGCGGAAGGUUCUAGUUUGAGGGCUCGUUAUCGCACAUCUCCCUCUGUGUUUAAUUCUCCUGGAAACAAAGAGGAUUACAUGGAAGAUCUGAAAAGUCUAGAGAGGUUUCUACGCACAGAGGAGGAGAAGAGUCACCGCAGCCAGCUAGGGAGUCCUGAGUCUUUGUCUCCAAACCACAGUCCAACAUUUUGGAACUACAACCGUUCAGUAGGAGACUACGCGCAGAGCCUGAGGAAAUUCCUCUACCAGCCUGCAUGCCGCUCUCAGGCGCCAUCUGCCAACAAAGAUGAGACAGAUCUGGGUUCCAAACAGGCAGCAGAGGAGGUUUGGGCCCGAAUUACAACCAGUCGUGUAGUCGUGGACCGCAUAGAUAGCUGGACAGCCAAGCUUAGAAACUGGAUUAGUGACACCAUCUUGGUCCCCUUGGUCAAAGAGAUUGAUUCUGUCAACAGCCAGCUCAGGAGGAUGGGCUGCCCAGAGCUCCAGAUGGGAGAGGCCAGUAUAAGCAGUCUGAGGCAAGCAGCGGUGAUGAAAGCCUCAUCAAUCCCAACUAUGAACUCUAUUGUCCAGUAUCUGGACAUCACACCCAACCAGGAAUAUCUAGUGGACCGGUUAAAAGAGCUAGCUCACAGCGGCUGCAUGAGCUCCUUCCGCUGGAAUGGUGGUGGUGAUCUGAAGAACAGGAAGUGGGAUACAGACAUCCCCACAGACUGUGCUAUCCUCAUGCAUGUCUUUUGCACAUACUUGGACUCCAGGCUUCCCCCACACCCAAAGUACCCAGAUGGGAAGACUUUCACUUCCCAGCACUUCAGCCACACUCCAGACAAACCUGAUGUAACCAAGGAGAACCUCUUCUGCAUUCACCAAAGCAGCACCACACCCCCUCACUACCAGCUCAUAUACCAAGGACACAUCUACAGUCUUCCUAAGGGCAGGAACAACCUGUUCCACACAAUCCUUAUGUUCCUCUAUGUCAUUAAGACCAAGGAGUCGGGGAUGCUGGGGAGGGUAAAUCUGGGCCUCUCUGGCGUCAACAUACUGUGGAUAUUUGAAAAGUGAUGCAUAAUCUUUUAAAAGCAACAAACUGCUACAAGUGCUUUUCCCCCACAGCGUUGUACUGCUCUUUCAGGGGCGCAUCGGAAAAAGCACUUCAUUUUGGAAUAACAAUCCAUGCACGCUUUUGGACACUCAAAUUUUGCUGUACAAGUUGGCAUCAUGCUACAUUAUCUGUCAUUUUGGGAACAGAAUUCUUGUUACACCAGAGUCCUUAUGAUACACCUAAGAGCUAUGUGGGUUGUUUUUUUGUUUUUUUUUUUAAUUCUGCUUUCUGGCUUUUGUAUUUUGAGAAUGUACCAGCAUGACAGCCUUGUAAUUUAGAUACCUCACAUUUGUCUGCUUGUUAGCAAAGGGGUGAGACCCAUUAGCUUGAAUGUAAAUACAGUAUAUGCAGGCUUACUCUGUUUCUUUAGUAUCCCCAGCCUUUUGCAGCUUGUUGGCCAUUGUUUUUUUCUUUUUAGAAACGGUAGGGAUACUCGUGGCAUGUGCUUGAAUACACCUUGAAAAUAUAAUUUUGUACAAAUUGUAGCUAUAUUUCUGUAGUUGCAAUUAUUUUCCCAUUGUUACAAGGCUAAAAUGUUGCAGGCAACUGUACAGAAGAUUGACAUAUGAUAAGGCAACAUGGGGGAAAAAAGGAAAGGGUUUCAACUGACUAUUUUUGUAAAUCUUUUUUUAAGUAUCACUGGAUUAUGAAUAAAUCCUGUGUCUACCAUUAGAUAUUCAAAGUUUACAUAUUGGCUUAUCUACAGUAGUGGUUUUACAAUGACAUAUCAAAUUUUAAAGUCAAAUCGCGAUAUUAAAAUAAAUUGAAGUUUUCUCGUCUCCCCUCCACAUACUUUUUAUGUUUGACUAUCAAAUACAUCCACUAGGUGGCUGUCUAACACUGAAUUUAUGAUUUGACCUUAGUUCGGUACCCUUUAUCGCACUGAUGUAGCCUACAUCACAUGAACAGUUAUGUGAUGACAGAAUAACACUGGCUGGAAAUUUUACAUAUAUUCAAAUUUUGUUUUCAAAUUUUGGAGAAUUGGUCAUUCCCUUCAUAUGUUUUAACAAUGACAUCUGAAUCAUUUUAAUGCAAAUCGCCCCUUUAAGCGUGAAAUACAAAGGGUUGAGACCUAAGAAUAAAAUUAUACAUGAACAUUUUUGUGACUAAAUUAAUAUAAACCGAGUAUUAUCUAGUAAGCACUGCAUUUGUUUUGUGAUUUUGUUGUCUUUCAAAACAAACUGCAUUUCCCGCAAUGAAUCUACCUGGGUCAUAUCCACUUAUGGGAAAUGUAGUCAAAGUGUAUAUAGACUACUUUUUAAACCCUAAUAAAAAGGAGUCAUGUUAAUGA